AAUACAGUCACAACAAAUUUGACAUAAUGAAAUAGAGGCAACAUCAAUAUCUCGAACAACGAAAAUCUCCAAAUUAUAUGUCGAAACGUAGGAAUUUUAUCAAAAGUUUUGAAUAUAUAGUUCCACAAUGGCUGGGUCUGCAUUAAGAAGACUAAUGGCAGAAUAUCGUCAACUUACCCUUAAUCCACCGGAGGGUAUCAUAGCAGGACCCGUGAGCGAGGAGAAUUUCUUUGAAUGGGAAGCUCUUAUUACAGGUCCUGAAGGGACAUGCUUCGAGGGAGGUGUAUUUACAGCCAAACUUGUUUUCCCCCCAGACUACCCGUUGAGUCCGCCGAAGAUGCGGUUCACUUGUGAGAUGUUCCAUCCCAACAUUUUUGCUGAUGGAAGAGUAUGCAUUUCAAUUCUCCAUGCUCCUGGUGAUGACCCGCUCGGCUAUGAACUUUCAGCAGAACGUUGGAGUCCGGUGCAGAGCGUGGAAAAGAUUUUGUUGAGCGUAGUUAGCAUGCUAGCUGAACCAAAUGAUGAAUCUGGAGCAAAUGUCGAUGCAGCUAUAAUGUGGCGGGAAAACAGAGACGAAUUCAAUAAAAUAGCGAAACGUAUUGUUAGAAAAACUUUAGGCCUACCUUCAUAAAGUAUAAAUAGUAUUUUUUUUCUCGGGUUUAUUCCCGUUUCCACUUCACGGUGUAAACGAAAUGAGCGGCACGCCAUUGAAAUACGUGUUACGAGUUAGUGAAGCGUCAAAGAUAAUAAUGGGUUUCCAGACAGAAUGAACACCUUUCAAAUCGAAAUUAUGAAUGAAAAUUAACUUCUCCGUAUCAAAUUAAUGUUCAAUGUGAAUGGAAAACUUUGUUUUCUUCAUGUGGUAAAAUAAUCUCUUACGAAAGUUGUAUCUGAAGAUAAUUUUAUAUUAUAAUGAUAAGUUUUAGUGGAAAACUAAUUUCGUAUCCAGAUGUCGACACCGUACCGUUGUCAUCGCGUAUACACUUCAUUUCUUUUUCACCGUGAAGUGUAAACGGGAAUAAAGCCGUAUUUCUCUCGUUAUACUUAUUAUCAAAAUUAUUUAACAGUAGUAACUAGGACAA